AUGGGCUCAUCUGCAGGACUGGAAGGGGGAAAGAGAGGGGGAGUGAAAGCUGCGCCGGCGGGUUGUGGUGGUGGUGGAGCAGGCGAGGUGGCACGUGUGCUUCCUGAGACUACACAUGAGGAGCGAGGAGGGCACACUACACAUGAGGAGCGAGGAGGGCACACUACACAUGAGGAGCGAGGAGGGCACACUACACAUGAGGAGCGAGGAGGGCACACUACACAUGAGGAGCGAGGAGGGCACACUACACAUGAGGAGCGAGGAGGGCACACUACACAUGAGGAGCGAGGAGGGCACACUACACAUGAGGAGCGAGGAGGGCACACUACACAUGAGGAGCGAGGAGGGCACACUACACAUGAGGAGCGAGGAGGGCACACUACACAUGAGGAGCGAGGAGGGCACACUACACAUGAGGAGCGAGGAGGGCACACUACACAUGAGGAGCGAGGAGGGCACACUACACAUGAGGAGCGAGGAGGGCACACUACACAUGAGGAGCGAGGAGGGCACACUACACAUGAGGAGCGAGGAGGGCACACUACACAUGAGGAGCGAGGAGGGCACACUACACAUGAGGAGCGAGGAGGGCACACUACACAUGAGGAGCGAGGAGGGCACACUACACAUGAGGAGCGAGGAGGGCACACUACACAUGAGGAGCGAGGAGGGCACACUACACAUGAGGAGCGAGGAGGGCACACUACACAUGAGGAGCGAGAAGGGCACACUACACAUGAGGAGCGAGGAGGGCACACUACACAUGAGGAGCGAGGAGGGCACACUACACAUGAGGAGCGAGAAGGGCACACUACACAUGAGGAGCGAGGAGGGCACACUACACAUGAGGAGCGAGGAGGGCACACUACACAUGAGGAGCGAGGAGGGCACACUACACAUGAGGAGCGAGGAGGGCACACUACACAUGAGGAGCGAGGAGGGCACACUACACAUGAGGAGCGAGGAGGGCACACUAAACAUGAGGAGCGAGGAGGGCACACUACACAUGAGGAGCGAGGAGGGCACACUACACAUGAGGAGCGAGGAGGGCACACUACACAUGAGGAGCGAGGAGGGCACACUACACAUGAGGAGCGAGGAGGGCACACUACACAUGAGGAGCGAGGAGGGCACACUACACAUGAGGAGCGAGGAGGGCACACUACACAUGAGGAGCGAGGAGGGCACACUACACAUGAGGAGCGAGGAGGGCACACUACACAUGAGGAGCGAGGAGGGCACACUACACAUGAGGAGCGAGGAGGGCACACUACACAUGAGGAGCGAGGAGGGCACACUACACAUGAGGAGCGAGGAGGGCACACUACACAUGAGGAGCGAGGAGGGCACACUACACAUGAGGAGCGAGGAGGGCACACUACACAUGAGGAGCGAGGAGGGCACACUACACAUGAGGAGCGAGAAGGGCACACUACACAUGAGGAGCGAGGAGGGCACACUACACAUGAGGAGCGAGGAGGGCACACUACACAUGAGGAGCGAGGAGGGCACACUACACAUGAGGAGCGAGGAGGGCACACUACACAUGAGGAGCGAGGAGGGCACACUACACAUGAGGAGCGAGGAGGGCACACUACACAUGAGGAGCGAGGAGGGCACACUACACAUGAGGAGCGAGGAGGGCACACUACACAUGAGGAGCGAGGAGGGCACACUACACAUGAGGAGCGAGGAGGGCACACUACACAUGAGGAGCAAGGAGGGCACACUACACAUGAGGAGCGAGGAGGGCACACUACACAUGAGGAGCGAGGAGGGCACACUACACAUGAGGAGCGAGGAGGGCACACUACACAUGAGGAGCGAGGAGGGCACACUACACAUGAGGAGCGAGGAGGGCACACUACACAUGAGGAGCGAGGAGGGCACACUACACAUGAGGAGCGAGGAGGGCACACUACACAUGAGGAGCGAGAAGGGCACACUACACAUGAGGAGCGAGGAGGGCACACUACACAUGAGGAGCGAGGAGGGCACACUACACAUGAGGAGCGAGGAGGGCACACUACACAUGAGGAGCGAGGAGGGCACACUACACAUGAGGAGCGAGGAGGGCACACUACACAUGAGGAGCGAGGAGGGCACACUACACAUGAGGAGCGAGGAGGGCACACUACACAUGAGGAGCGAGGAGGGCACACUACACAUGAGGAGCGAGGAGGGCACACUACACAUGAGGAGCGAGGAGGGCACACUACACAUGAGGAGCGAGGAGGGCACACUACACAUGAGGAGCGAGGAGGGCACACUACACAUGAGGAGCGAGGAGGGCACACUACACAUGAGGAGCGAGGAGGGCACACUACACAUGAGGAGCGAGAAGGGCACACUACACAUGAGGAGCGAGGAGGGCACACUACACAUGAGGAGCGAGGAGGGCACACUACACAUGAGGAGCGAGGAGGGCACACUACACAUGAGGAGCGAGGAGGGCACACUACACAUGAGGAGCGAGGAGGGCACACUACACAUGAGGAGCGAGGAGGGCACACUACACAUGAGGAGCGAGGAGGGCACACUACACAUGAGGAGCGAGGAGGGCACACUACACAUGAGGAGCGAGGAGGGCACACUACACAUGAGGAGCGAGGAGGGCACACUACACAUGAGGAGCAAGGAGGGCACACUACACAUGAGGAGCGAGGAGGGCACACUACACAUGAGGAGCGAGGAGGGCACACUACACAUGAGGAGCGAGGAGGGCACACUACACAUGAGGAGCGAGGAGGGCACACUACACAUGAGGAGCGAGGAGGGCACACUACACAUGAGGAGCGAGGAGGGCACACUACACAUGAGGAGCGAGGAGGGCACACUACACAUGAGGAGCGAGGAGGGCACACUAAACAUGAGGAGCGAGGAGGGCACACUACACAUGAGGAGCGAGGAGGGCACACUACACAUGAGGAGCGAGGAGGGCACACUACACAUGAGGAGCGAGGAGGGCACACUACACAUGAGGAGCGAGGAGGGCACACUACACAUGAGGAGCGAGGAGGGCACACUACACAUGAGGAGCGAGGAGGGCACACUACACAUGAGGAGCGAGAAGGGCACACUACACAUGAGGAGCGAGGAGGGCACACUACACAUGAGGAGCGAGGAGGGCACACUACACAUGAGGAGCGAGAAGGGCACACUACACAUGAGGAGCGAGGAGGGCACACUACACAUGAGGAGCGAGGAGGGCACACUACACAUGAGGAGCGAGGAGGGCACACUACACAUGAGGAGCGAGGAGGGCACACUACACAUGAGGAGCGAGGAGGGCACACUACACAUGAGGAGCGAGGAGGGCACACUAACAUGAGGAGCGAGGAGGGCACACUACACAUGAGGAGCGAGGAGGGCACACUACACAUGAGGAGCGAGGAGGGCACACUACACAUGAGGAGCGAGGAGGGCACACUACACAUGAGGAGCGAGGAGGGCACACUACACAUGAGGAGCGAGGAGGGCACACUACACAUGAGGAGCGAGGAGGGCACACUACACAUGAGGAGCGAGGAGGGCACACUACACAUGAGGAGCGAGGAGGGCACACUACACAUGAGGAGCGAGGAGGGCACACUACACAUGAGGAGCGAGGAGGGCACACUACACAUGAGGAGCGAGGAGGGCACACUACACAUGAGGAGCGAGGAGGGCACACUACACAUGAGGAGCGAGGAGGGCACACUACACAUGAGGAGCGAGGAGGGCACACUACACAUGAGGAGCGAGGAGGGCACACUACACAUGAGGAGCGAGAAGGGCACACUACACAUGAGGAGCGAGGAGGGCACACUACACAUGAGGAGCGAGGAGGGCACACUACACAUGAGGAGCGAGGAGGGCACACUACACAUGAGGAGCGAGGAGGGCACACUACACAUGAGGAGCGAGGAGGGCACACUACACAUGAGGAGCGAGGAGGGCACACUACACAUGAGGAGCGAGGAGGGCACACUACACAUGAGGAGCGAGGAGGGCACACUACACAUGAGGAGCGAGGAGGGCACACUACACAUGAGGAGCGAGAGGGCACACUACACAUGA